UCACGUAUUUACUUAGCCGAUCACGCGCGCGGCCGAUAAAGAAUAUAUAACUUCCGGCGGCGUGUUCAACGUGUGCGCUCUGGAAAGUAAACAAUAGGAUCAGUAACGCGUAGACGAAACGUGACGCGGAACGCGAGGAGCGAAUUGCGCGAGCGAAUAUCUCUGUCACUUCUUUCGGCGCCGGUUUUUCGCGUUCGAGCGGCCGCGAGUCUCGCGACGAAGGAACGUAAAAUCGGAGGAGGCGAGGCGAAGCUACGGCGCGAAACACGGCGUUUUGAAUGCGGCAUGAGACAUAACCGCGUACGUGACACGCUGCGCAAAAAUGAGAUCGAUUCGCCGGGGAUCGUUUAAAUAGUGCCACGAGGCCGGAGAGGAUCGCCGAUCUGUCAAAUUUUCGAACGAGUGACGCGAGACGCGAUCAACGACCGGGGCAAAAUGUGCGACAAGUGUGUCAUCGGUUACUGGGUGCCCGAGAAGAAACGGCUCAAGUUCAAUUGGACCGAUUUCGAGGAUGUCUGCGAGUCCGAGGGAUUUCGCUUGAAAAUGAUUGAUGUGAGUUCGAGCCUUGAAAAUCAGGGACCAUUACAUGUUUUUCUACACAAACUGACAGAUACACAAUCGCAUGCAGAAAGUGGUGAUAAAAAUGCUGAAGAUAUUGUUUUGCGACUGCAAGAGUACAUUGCCAAACACCCAGAUUUGAUUGUUAUCGACCCUCUGGACAAUAUUAGAAAUUUACGCAAUCGAUGUAAAUCUUACGAGUUUAUACAGGAGGGCAUUCAGUUUAAAGAUGUAUUUACUCCUAACUUUGUGGAAAUCAAAAGCAAAAAUGUUCACGAAGUAGCAUCGACAUUAAAAAAGCGUAAUAUUAAAUAUCCAUUUGUCUGUAAGCCACUUAUUGCAUACGGUUCAAGCGACGCGCAUAAGAUGAUGAUAAUCUUCAACGAAAGGGAUUUGAAAGACUGUCAACUACCUUGCGUUGCUCAGGACUUCAUCAAUCAUAAUGCUAUUUUGUAUAAGUUAUUCGUCGUAGGCGACCGUUUUCACGUAGUUGAGCGUCCUAGCUUCAAAAACUUUUACCAAGAAGACUGUAAUUCGUUAAGUACAAUAUUUUUCGAUUCGCACGAUAUAUCGAAAAGUGGGAGUAGAUCUAAGUGGUCGAUAUUGUCCGAAGAUGACAUUCCUUUAACUGUAAAGCCAAAUUAUCAAAUUUUUGAAAAGAUUGUAAAAAAUAUUCAAGAAAUAUUUCAGCUCAUUCUAGUUGGAAUAGAUGUUGUAAUCGAGAAUCAUACUGGAAAAUAUGCGAUUAUAGAUGUUAAUGUUUUUCCUGGAUACGACGGCUAUCAAUUUUUCGAGCAUUUAAUAGAUAGCAUUAAAAAAUUGUUGGUAAAACAAGGCUCUUGCAGACAAAAUUUUAAAGGUUGUACGUUGAAAAAAUGUCAAAGCGAUGAUCUAGAUUCUGGUUUUGAAAGUGAUGAAAAGAGAAAAUCCACAAAAUAAAUAUGUGAUGGACAAUGUAUUAAGUUUGGGCGAAACUAAGCUGUUAGAAUUAAUUACGAUGGUAGCUCAGUAUCUUGUACGCAUUAUGAUUUCGUCCAUACAUUUUUUAAAAGAAAUAAAAUAUUAAGCCAUUUUAAACAUUUUUCCGAUUUCAUCUAUUAAAUGUAAUUUUGAUAUUAAAUUUUGGUACAAUAAAUCUUGUUUGGCACAUUGUUUAUUUCGUA